CGUGCAUUUUAUUCCAGUUCUGUAUGUGGAGCCGGAGCCGGAGCUGGCCGAGGGGUUUUGUUGAGAAAUGAGUUUUCAAGUCUCUUUCUCUCUCCACAAGUGUCAUUUACAGCGAAGCCUUUGUGUCGGUAAAACUGAUGUUCCAAUUAGCACUAUGGCUUCAAAAGGGACAACUUCGUUCAUUAUUUGAAAGCAGGUUUUCCCUUAAAAUAAUUUCCUCAACAUACCUCAGAUCAUUGUGCCUUUAAAAUGGAGGCUACAGAACCAGUGCCAAGUUUAAACUCUGCCUAUGUCCCCUCUGCUUUUGUGGACGAUGACUCUUCAGAGGAAAAUACAGACCACAGUUCAACUGCAUCUCUGCUGCCCAAUCAUGACUCUGUCCCUCUACCUGUGCGCUACAGCCCCAAAGACUCUUAUAAUUUAGUCUACAUCAUCUUCUUCCUCAUGGGCAUAGGCUCCUUGUUGCCCUGGAACUUCUUUAUAACAGCAAAGAACUACUGGCUCUACAAACUCAGUAACCACAGCCUUCCCAUCAAACCAGACGAGGAGCGGUCAGACCUUAGCGACUAUUUUGAAAGUUAUUUAGCCAUCGCUUCCACUGUGCCCUCUGUGCUGUGUCUGAUACUCAACUAUGUUCUUGUUAACAGGUUAUCACCAAAAGCACGUAUCUUGUCCUCUCUGGUUGUGAUCUUGGUGAUCUUUGUAGUGACCACUGUCCUGGUGAAGGUGGACAUGUCCAACUGCACCAUGGAGUUUUUUGUGGGAACUUUAGUGAGUGUGGCCAUCAUCAGCGGAGCCUCAAACCUGUUCUCCGGUAGCGUGUUCGGCAUCACAGGACACUUUCCCAUGAGAAUCUCCCAGGCCCUCAUCUCAGGCCAGGCCAUGGGAGGAACUCUGAGUGCUCUCGCGUCAAUCAUUGACCUCGCAGCUGCUAAAGAUGUGACUGACAGUGCUCUGGCUUAUUUCCUGACCGCAGAUGUCUUCAUCCUCCUCUGCAUUUCCACCUACCUUCUGCUGCCAAAACUGGAAUAUUCAAGACACUACAUGUUGGCUGCAGAGUGCUCCAGUUCAGUUGUGAUUAAUGAGGCAGGGGGCAGAGAGAAAGUAUCUACCCCUCCUUUGCAGCCCAUCCUCAGAAAGACCUGGGUCCUGGGUCUAUCUGUCUUCUACGUCUUCUGUGUCUCUAUCAUGGUUUUCCCCGCGGUCUCCUCCGGGAUCCAGUCUGUCAACAAGGACGGCGGCAGCCCCUGGACCACCACCUUCUUCACCCCUCUCACCAGUUUCUUCCUGUACAAUGCAGCAGACUUUUGUGGCAGGCAGGCGACAGCUUGGCUUCAGGUACCAGGACCCACCAGUCGGGUUUUGCCUGCUCUUGUCCUGUGUCGCUCAGCUUUGGUACCUCUCUUAAUGUUUUGUAACUACCAGCCAAGGGACCACCUCCACUCAGUGUUAUUCACACAUGACGCCUAUCCCAUAGUCUUUAACUGCAUCCUAGGGCUUUCCAAUGGCUACCUCGGUACUCUACCAAUGAUAUAUGGACCAAAAGUUGUGUCGCGAGAUUUGGCAGAGGCCACUGGCGUUGUAAUGUCAUUCUUUCUUACGUUGGGACUGACUGUUGGAUCAGCCUUCUCUGUACUCAUUGUGCACUGUAUCUGAAUUAAUCAUGUCAUUUUUGUAAUGUGGUUUAACUAAACAUUGUUGAGCCAAAUAGACUCACCAAGUUAAGUGAACUGGCAAAACUUCUCCACAGAUGUUGACAGAAGGGCACUCCUGACCAAGAAGCAUUAGUAAUGUUAAAAUUUAAUUGUGUAAAUGUUUACAUGGAUUAGCAUGUCAGUCACAUUGUGAUUUGACAUUGUCCUUUGUGCAUUUGAUCUCACGUCGUACUUCUAUUUUUAGAAGUGUUUUGGUAAAUAUAAAAAAUAAAAUGCAUUAACAUGUGUAAUUGGUCUUUAUGCAAUAAACUCAUCAUUUCCAA